GAUGAUGUCUUGUUAAGGGUUUUAUUUUUGGCCUGUCAUACUCCGUAUCGGAUAAACGAGUUUUCAGCCCCGAGCGUACACAGAUCAAAAGCCUUUUCCCAAGCAGUAGAAAGACCGUGAGAUUAAGGGAGAGAGAGGAUAGAGAGAGCUGAAGUUCCUCUCUCAUCAGAUAAUAACGCUGCCCCGGGCCAGGAUGCAGAAGAGAAACCAAGUCUCCAGAUCACAGGACGUGUGAAUAAACGCCAGCCAUUUAAAGUACGUAAACAUUCGGGACAUCCGACACUGCAUACCGCUCAGGCCAGUUAAGGAAUCAGAAAGGAGGCGGACGGCAUUUUAGACCCCUCAGUCUCAUCCUUGUGAGGAAGAAGGGCCUUAUGGGACACUAUGCAGGGUUAAAAUGGUUUUGCACACUCGUGUGUUAUCACAACCUGGAGUUUUCAACCCCGGACGCAUACGGAUCGUGUGCAGUUGCGAUGGUGGACACGAACUCUGGUGUGGGCGUACAUUUUUUGCAUACGGAUUGCAUCUGAAAAGCAACUUAUGUGGAUAUCUGCACUUACAAGAUUCAUGUGACCUGGCAAACCGUGUUUUUCUGUUCACUUUUCGGCCAGUUUGUCUUUCUUCAAAGUGUGAGCUUAGAUCACCUCAGAGAGGAGAAUGAGCUCUCAUUUAGGGCACAAGACAUCAAGAGCUCGGUUUCAUGUUUUGUACUCAUAAUUACUGUCUUUUCUUAGACGGCUGUUCCGGAGGGAAAUCCAGACUCCUUUGAGAUUGUAGAAAGAAAACUUUUUUGUUUCUCUCUCUCUUUUUUUGGUAGUUUCUUUUUUUUUCUCUCAUACUUUUUGUUUCACUGUAUACCUCCCACCAAAACAUUUUUUUCCCCUUUAGUAGUCUAACAUUAUUCUCACAUGCACUCAUCUUCUAGGAAUCUUUGAGAGAUAUGAGAUUGGUCUCUGAGCGAGUACUGUAUGAAUGCCUGAACUCAAACGGCUGCUUCCUUUGAGCUCUUUUUGGUUUAACACGGGGCUUACCAGAGAUUUGCACUAAAAGAGCAUUGCUGUCACUUGAUUUUCCUUUUAUUGACCAAAUCUUGUUACAUUCAAGCCAUAUGAACUUAUUUUUGAUGAAGCUAGAGCUAUUUUUGUAUUGCAGUGAAGUCAUAGGAAUAUUUCAUAUUAUGUGUAUAUGAAUUUAGUCUAUUUUUUAUUUAUCAACACACACAUAUACAAAAAGACAUCUGCACUAUUUUACGUUAACGAUUGUUUUUGGUAAGAAAUGCACCUUUUUUUAUGAGAACAUAAUCUAUUUCACUGAAUUUAUUGUUAUGGCCAUGGCUACACAUCGUCCUCACUCAGGUGGGAGACGUGUUUUCUUCGCUCUAUGACGCCUCCCCCUGUUCCCUGGGUUUUUUGACAUCUCCAAAUGCCUGUGGGUCUUAGUGUGGGUGGGGCUCUCGGAGACCCCUCUCCAUCCCGCUCAUUCCACCCCAGUCGCUAUGUGCCUGUGUCCGCAGCAGCCGCCUUCCUUGUGGGGGCCACGACACUGUUUCUCUGUUUUACGUGUCCGUGGCUGUCAGAGCGGUUCUCCUCCUCCAUUCCACUCUAUAAUGUUGUGAUCUUCCUCUUCACACUGGCCAAUUUCUGUAUGGCCACAUUCAUGGACCCUGGCAUUUUUCCUAGAGCUGAAGAAGAUGAGGAUAAAGAGGAUGAUUUCCGGGCUCCGCUUUAUAAGACGGUGGAUGUGAGGGGCAUUCAGGUGCGGAUGAAGUGGUGCACCUCUUGUCGCUUUUACAGACCACCGCGCUGUUCACACUGCUCUGUGUGUGACAACUGUGUGGAGGAUUUUGACCAUCACUGCCCAUGGGUGAACAACUGCAUUGGAAGACGGAACUAUCGUCAUUUCUUUCUGUUCCUGCUCUCGCUCACUAUUCACAUUAUGAAUGUGUUCGGCUUCAGUUUGCUAUACAUCCUCCAUCACACUAAACAACUGGACCAGGUCCACUCUGCAGUCACUAUGGCGGUGAUGUGUGUAGCUGGCCUGUUUUUCGUCCCAGUUACAGGGCUCACUGGGUUCCAUGUUGUUCUUGUAGCCAGAGGGAGAACGACCAAUGAACAGGUGACUGGGAAGUUCAGAGGCGGCGCUAACCCCUUCACACACGGGUGCUUGAAAAACAUUACACACAUGCUUUGCAGUUCACAGGCUCCCAGGUAUCUUGGUCGCUUACGAAAGCCUCAUUCUGUUCAGGUCCAGCCACCAUUUCUCCGGCCACCUCUGUCUGAAGCCCAACUAGCAGCUAAAGUCCUGGAUAAUGGCAUCCAACAGUCUAAAAGUAGUUUGGAGAUAAUGGAGAGUCAGUCCACUGAUGUUGACCCCCCUCCACCACCUAAACCAGAGCACAGAUACCCUGGGCUGCCUCACACACAAAAUGAAGAGUGCAGCUUGCUGACUGAGACUCCACCCACACCUUCAUUAUAUAAAUACAAGCCGGCCUACAGCAGUCCAGGAAAAAAACACACGGCCUCAACACAUUCAAGCAAAAUGAGUCGAGGGAACAGUAUGACCGAGUCUCCCUCUGUCCCCGUCACCACUGGGCAGCCCAGCUACUGCUCAGACCCCAGUUUGUCAAGCCGGGGGGGUGCAGGGUGCCGUGGGGGAGGGGAGGGAGGUAGAGCAGGCUCGGGGGGCCUGGGUGGGGCCUCUGGGUUUGGUGGGCGAUCUUACCCUUCUUUUACUGACACCCUACUCCAGUCAGCAGCAGCCUCUUGCUCCUCAAGCCUUCGCACUGCCCAAACGGCCCACAAUGCCCUCGGGCCCCUCAUCUCUGAGGGUACAACCUCCACUAGCUACAAGAGUUUAGCCAAUCAGACACGAAACGGCAGCUUGUCAUAUGAAAGUCUGCUGACACCCUCCGAAAGCCCAGAGUUUGAGUCUGCUGCUCACGAGCUGUCCCCGCCCAGACCGCAGCCUCCGCACUCUCUUAGCACAGCACCAGGGGCCCCACCUAUUUUGGGGUACACGUCCCCUUUCCUAUCUGCUCAGCAGAGGGAGGGCUCUCUCCAGGCCUGCCCUGCCCCCCUAAGACCCUCCCCCAACAGAGCUUUCCUGUGCCCAACAAGCUCACCCCCUUCAAGGGCUCCGCCCCUUUCUCCACGCGCUCGCUCAUUGGGCUCCCCUCCUCCUGGUCCCGCCCCUGGCCAUACACCUCUGGGCAAAUCACUGUCCUAUGGAGGUGGCGCCGAGUUACAGCACCGCCCCUCUAGCUCAGGGGGCGGGACGCCGAUGCCGAACUCGACUAUUAAACAAAACAUGGCCAACCAUAACACCCACUCACACAAACCUGCAGGAGGGGUGAAGAAAGUGACUGGUGUUGGAGGAACGACCUAUGAGAUCUCAGUUGUGAAUGACUGACACAAAAGAAUCCGGAUUCACUCGGCAGUUUUCUCCUUGAUCAGAUGGACGUAAAGCUGCUCAACCACACGUGCAAAAAAAAAAAAAGCAUACAAGACUACAAAGAAGAAUCCUAAGUGUUUCCCAAUCCAACUUUAUCAGUCACUGUGGAGGACAUACUAUGAGAACAUGGACCAGUGAAGACAAAACUUACAGCAUUUUGUUUUCUAAAUAUCAAUAUGGUACAGAAAUACCACAGACUUUCUUUGUAAUUUAAAGAAUCAUUUGGUACAUCAGUGUAUUUCCUACCGAUUUGUACACAAGACUGUCCAAUGAUCAUUGGAUAUUCAGCCUUGGUAGGCAGGACCAUGCGAGACACACUGAUGCCUCAUUCAGAAUGACGUCGACAGAAACCAAAAGCCUCUCAGCAGUCAGCCAAUAAGCAUACAUAAAUCACUGUCCAGUCUUGCGUAUUUUAUAGCACUCAGUUUCAAACCCUUAAAGAGACGGUUCACCAAAAAUUACAAUUCUGUCAUCCUUUAACCUCCUGAUGUCAUUCCAUCCAAACCCAUACGAUUGACUUUCUUCUGUGGAACACAAAAUUAGAUAUUUUAAUGAAUGUUCAAGCUGCUCUUUUCCAGACUAUAGUGUGCACGUUUUCCAGUCCCAACAAAGACAAAAAAGGCCAUAAAAGUGGUCAAUACAACUUCUAAAGUCUUCUUAAGCAGUGAUUCUCGACCAUUUUUUAAUGAUUUAAAAAUACGAAAUUGAGUAAAAGAAGAACCAGGAUUCCCACCGUCUUAAAAAAAAAUACAUCUUGAUGUACUGUACGAGGAAGCCGAAUUUUUAAAAGUGUGAUUUCUAGACCUGGAAAAGUCAAUAAAAACAAAAAUACUCUUACAACUCCAUGGGCUUUUUUAGAAUGAAUGUUCAUUUUUUUAGCCAAGUUUAAAAACAAUCCUUAUCCUCAAUCCUUAUUAAGAAAAUCGAAAACCUGGAGUCAAAAAGGAUUGAGAACCACUGCUGAGGAAUCAUGUGAUCGCUGACAGAUGCAAAAUGCAACAAUUGUUGUGUAAAACGUUCAUGUGUGCCGAUCACAAAACUGUCAUUUUUGGGUGAACUAUUUCUACUAGAACUAGUUUUUUUUUUUCCCAUUAUUAUUUUAGAGAGGUACAGAUGUAUACGUGUUAAGUUUGAUAAAGAAUAUAAUAUUAAGAUGCAGGCAUAUAUGAUGUAUGAUUGUUUGUGUUAGGUUGGAUGGUGUUUGUCAGAUUUAUAUGAUGAAAUUCUCAGCCAAAGAGACUCGGUCUGUUUGACAGAUAGCACACUCAGCAAGUAGGAAUGAAUGUAUCUAAAGACACACAAGUUACUAGAGCGCAACAUAUUAAGCAAAGAUUAUUUACAUUAUGUGCUGAAGAUAUCAUGCAAAUUGUAACUUUGUGUCAGUGAGUCCACCAAUCAAGAGCCAUACUCUCUCGACACAUGGUCAACCAAUCACAAGAGAGUUUAUUUAUUCAGCUAGAGGAGGCCAGUGCAAGUACAUGCUGCACCAUCGUAUUGAUUUAGAAAAUUCAUUCUUUAUUUUAUUGUUUUAUUUUUUUUAAGUGGACAUUGGUUACAUAGCCAGAGUACAGUGAUUAUCUCCUCAUAGAUGUAUAAUAUAAGUUUGAUUGUAUUUGUCUAUGUGAGAGAAUGAGUGGGACAUUUUAUUUGAACUUACCUGACUGUUGUACAAGAGCACAUUCCAACUAUCCUUUUGGUUCAGAUCAGAGGUCGUUCACGACUUUUCUUUCUGCUUUUUGAGAUCAGGACCAGUGACCAGUCAGAGUAAGACAGAAACCGCUUAUGCAGAGACUUGUGAAAGUUUUUUUUUCCAUUUCCACCAUGGCCUUAUGAUGCCUUUUUAACUGUUAUCAAGGGUAUUUCAGUAUGUGUGAUUGACUCUUAGAGAUGACCGAUAGAGAACUGUUGUGUUGACUCUUGGGUAAGAAUGCAGACUCGUUUAACCCUUCUGUAUUUCUUAAAUGCCACUGACUCUGAGUCACAUGAGCAACACAUUUUCAACAGAACAAUAAACAGAAUGAACAUAA